AAUAAAGGGAUACCGAAUGUCGAAGAUUUGGCGAAAUUUUGUUAUCGGUUUUGCCGCAAUUAUCUGCUUUUGGGUUUUCGCAAUUCGGAUAGUCGGGAUAGAUAAUUACGGAGUAAGAAAUUCCACACAUUUCAUAUUAAAUUACUUCCAAAGUUGGAGAAUUCCAUACUCGACAAAGUCUAAAAACAAAGGUUUGUUUAUAACAUUGCCAAGUAACAGCUGUCCAGCAAACGAAAACAGAAAAGCAUUCGCUGCUCUAUUGCAUCAAUGGCAUAAACUUGCAAGUUUUUAUAAAAUUCCGUAUGUAAUCGGCUGUGGUUCGCUUCUGGGUCAAUACAGAGAUGGAGACAUUAUACCCUGGGAUCAAGACGUCGAUGUUUUGGUGGAUAUUACGAAGUUUAAGGCUUUGAAAGCAUUUGGAGGUAAACGAAACUUCCAACAAGGUAGUGAUGAUAAGUUUCAUUUUGUUGUACAGAAAGAUUUCAUGCAAAAGGAAGAGGAGGACGACAGAAGAAGAUUCAGUUGCACAGGCGAGGUGGUUGAUCUUCAAAUGGAUAGCUGUUCAUUUGUCAGUCCAAUGGCCAGAUUGAUUCGUGGCUUUGUUCAUUUAGACGUGUUUCCCUUUCUUGUCGACAGAGACAAACAGAAAGUACGAGAUCCGGAUAUGGCGGCCACCUACAAUCUAAAAGACUUUUUCCCUUUAAAAAAAUGCGUAUUUAUGGACGUGAUCACUUGGUGUCCAAGCAAGGUUCGCCUUGUUCUAGAAACUGCCUACGGUAACAUUGCACCACAUUACCAAUGCGUUAAUAGAACAUGGGUAAAAACUGGAAAUUAAAAUAUUAUGCUGUCUGCAACAAUAAGAUUGUAUUGCUAUCAGUUCUAUCAAUCUAUUUUCAAACUCUAUUUGCAAGGAGAUUACACAAUCAUACAUUAAUUUAUCACCCAAUAAAGAAUACAUUGAAUGCAUUCUUUCAGCCAAUGUGUAUAUUUGUCAAAGGUGUGUAUUAUAUGAAGAUUCAUUUUCA